UUCAAGAUGGCGGACGUGGCGGGCCCCUCCCGCCCGGGCGCCGCGGCGUUCUGGAGCCGCGACUUUUCUGACGAAGAACAAUCAGUAGUAUAUGUUCCAGGAAUUUCUACAGAAGGAAAUACCAAAUCAAGACACAAGUUGAUAAGUCCAAAAGCUGAUGUUAGAGGUAAUAAGACUUUCAGAGUGGCUGACGCUUCAGUCUCUGUGAAAUCUUUAAAAGCUGCAGGAGAUUCAGUAAAUGAACAGAAUUUCUGCGAGCGAGGAAUGAAGAGUGUAUCAUUAAAGGAUUUAUGUCUGGAAGACAAAAGACGCAUUGCAAACUUAAUUAAAGAAUUGGCCAGAGUAAGUGAAGAAAAGGAAGUGACAGAAGAACGACUGAAAGCUGAACAAGAAUCAUUUGAGAAGAAGAUCAGGCAGUUGGAAGAACAGAAUGAACUGAUCAUCAAAGAAAGGGAAGCUCUUCAGCUACAGUACAGAGAAUGCCAAGAACUUCUAAGUCUCUAUCAGAAAUACCUAUCAGAACAGCAGGAGAAGCUCACCAUGUCUCUUUCAGAACUUAAUGCUGCUAAAACGCAGGAACAACAGAGACUGAUUGUUAUUGGAGGGACACGAGAGAAGUCAUUGAACAACCACGGGAGUGCCCUUUGUGAGCUCAAGGAUACAAUCCAUGAACACCAAGAGGAUGAUGGCAAAAGAAAAUUGAUUGAUGUAACCAAUAGGAAAAGUACUCCCCGGUCUUCAUCUGUAGAACUGGAUGGUUCCUACUUGAGUGUUGCCAAACCACAAACUUGCAGUCAAACCAAGGGAAGGCCGAAGUCUGCAAACCAAGACUCAGCUUCAGAAUCUCAUAUGGAAUAUAGGAACAAUUCUUUGAAACCAGUAACCUUUCAUCAUCCCAAAGAGAAUCCAGACAGGGUGUCAUCAGAGACCAGAAUAUGUAAUUAUGAAUCUCCAGGGAGAAAACCAGUGGAUACAGCACCAUCAGAGAAACCUCCACCAGAAGAACUGAAGAUGAAGGAAUGUCUACAUAUUAAGCCUAGUUCUUCUAGUCAGUGUCGUGGUCACAGAUCUUCUGAAAAUGAAGAUCAUGUGCAUGAGAGCCAUCCUACAAGCAUAGUGUCUCAAUGUUCCAAGACAGAUCCAGAAUCAUGCAGUUAUUGUGGGCUUUCUUGGGGAUCUCUCAUGCAUGGUGGAGGGGCUCUGCAACCCAGUGAAACUGAUGUCAAAAAGCAACUCUCAGAAGAUAGAAGGAAACAACUGAUGCUUCAGAAAAUGGAGCUGGAAAUUGAAAAGGAGCGUCUUCAGCAUCUGCUGGCUCAGCAGGAGACAAAACUUCUCCUAAAACAGCAGCAGCUUCACCAGUCUCGGCUAGAUUACAAUUGGUUAAGAACUCAAGCUGUAUUUAAGUCUACAAAACUGGUUCCUGACAAAGAAUUUACUAAACUCCAAGAGCCCAAUCUGGAUAUGAAUGGGAGUGAUCCUGGACCAAGUUUGUUAAAGUCAAAAUGUGAUGGAUGGCUGCCUGGAACCUCAUUGUCCUUUAAAAAGUACCACCGUUCCCCAAGCAGUGGAGAGAACAGGAGGGAGAAGAAGACAGUUGGGUUUCAGUCGCAUGUAGAAGAUGAUGCCGAGUGGACAAGUCCAAAAAAAGAUACAUGUAGACCCCAAAGAGGGACAAUUAUAGGAAUUAGAAAAGACGCUUCCACAUCUCCUAUACAAACAGGAAGCCAAAAGGAGCUUGUAGCCACAGCCCCAUCAUCAUACCAACACAAUGCUUCCCGGUAUGAGACAUCUCUGUUGGAUUUAGUUCAGUCUCUGAGUCCAAAUUCUGCUCUCAAACCUCAGCCCCACACCUCCAAAGAACCCGUGGCCUGGAAUCGCAGUGCUUUUCGACUCAGUUCUCAAAAGUCAACCUGGAAGAAGAUGGGGGCACGCAGGACCCCUGAAGACCUGGAAGAGAAUCAAAUUCUGGAAGAUAUAUUUUUCAUUUGACUCCAAAGCACAUGCUACAAAAUUUGUGGGUUUCUUCACCUACCAAUCUAGGGUGUUAAAUUAUUUCAUUGCAAAGUGUUGUAUCUCUCCUUUUACAGAAACCUGUCUCACUGGCAUCUUGUUAUAUAUUGAAUAUAGAAAUCUUUCUAACAACCCACAGUGUUUUGGAUCAGACCAAUCAGUAGAAACACACUAAAGGGAGGUAGGCCAGGGGAUGGUAUCUUUUCUAAGCCAAACAGAGAUUAAAAAUGUAGGGUACUUUCUACAUGAGAGACACCAUUGCAUAGCCAACAUCAUUUCAAGAGUAUUCCCUCCUCAAGCUUCUGCUAGAAAAGUUGAUUCUCUUUUGUACAUGAGGAAAAUCUUUCCACUCUAAGGUCCUCAAAUAUAAAAGCAGCCCUUUGUAACAAGCAAUUUCAAAAAGAUUUUUUUUUUUUUACCUUCUUCAUCCUUUUCUCUCACCACCACCUCUAUCUAAGUAUGGUCAUUGAAUUCUGAAGUUGGAGCUGGUACCCCUACCAUCACAAGUAACACUGGGGACCAAGUGUCAGUCAGUCUUAGUAGUCAUCAGCCUGGUGGCUGCCAGUCCCAUUACCAAAAGACUUAGUGGGCUGGAACUUGUAUUAAGCCACCCAGCCAAUCCUUGGAAUUGGAAUUUAAUCCAAGAAGCAUUAAAUCAUAUAUUUACCUGGGGAAAUCAAGUGGACAGACAAGUCUGAAACACUUUUCCUAUUAAUGUUCAGGUACCCCUUCAGUUUCUCAGGAUGAAUAUAAGCAAGCUCUAGGAAUUUCCUGUUGACCUAAGUGUGAAGUUUGUUCAUCCAUUACUUGUGCUCUUGUGAACUUGCCAUGGUUAUAUCUAAGGAAGAUGGCACUAAAGGAAGAAUGGCAUCCAGCUGCUACAGGCUGAUUAGCUUCCUCUGGCCCUCUCUUGCCCUCCAAGAAGAUGAAAGACCCCCGGUUGGACCAGGCCCUGCAUGUGCUCAGUCUACGAAAUCCAUGCCGAGCAGCCUCCUUGUCUAAUUAUAGCUACUCCCUUGAAAAGUUGAAAAUCAUUGCAGAUUCCAAUUUCCUUUUAAAGUUCACCCCUAUAAAAGUAACCAAAUCAGUCUUGUCCCAUUUCAAAAAGCCUUUGGAAUACUGAGCUUUCUUUGGUGUGACAGAAAUGGGUAGAUGGCAAACUGAGAAGCCCUCAGACAUUUUCUCAAAGUUAAGUUUCCAGAACUAUCAUUUCCCUGCCCCAUGUGUCAAGACCAGCUCAAGUGUCCCUUUUUCCAUUAGAUCAGCCUAAAUAUAGUCACCUGUUUUGAACCCUGAUGUCCUUACUAUUCUCUGCAGUGAGAGAAUCCAGAGGAUCAAGGAAAGAAUUAUUAUUUCUGUAAGAGGCUUGCUUACCUUUAGAAGAAUCAUAAACACAAAAGGCUUUUUUGAGUCACAUGCCCGUGAAUGGAGUUUAAUUGCUUUUUAACCUCCCCUAAAUGGGAAACUUGAAGAGAAAAAGAUGGAUUUUCAGCAGAGCAUCAAUCAAGACAGUUGUCUUAUGCCAAGUCCCCCGCCAGUUGCUUUUCUCUAUCCUGUAGACAUUUUAUUGGUGUUGGUGUAAGGAUUAUAGGAUGUGGAUUUGUAUAGAAUCUAAUAUCUCCAUGACUAAUUCAUAAUAUAUGUUAACAUUUUAAUCUGAUUUAAAUCUACUUUGAAGUAUAUAUGCAGAAACUUGAGGCUUAUCUAAUUGCAGACUAUCCUACUGAGAGAGGGUCUAGAACAACAGAACCUUCCCUCCUCCAGUUUGUUUCCCAAUAGUGGCUGGUUGGAUAUUGCUUUCUCAGCCUCUCACUGUUUCCCCAAAGCAAGACUGGAUAUUUAUUGAGGGUGCUACAUGUAGUGCUUCCACAUUGUCCACCCCGGUACCCACCACCCCAUGAGAGAAAAACCAAUCAGUGUCUAUAAAAUGGAAAAGGACAGAGCAUGUCCAUUAAAACUCCCUAAGGCCCAAAGUGCUUGAGUUAGAAAGUCAAAGUUAAUCAAGGAAAAGGUUUUGCUGAUGUCAGCCUUCCAGGAGGCACAUUUAUGUUGAUCCAAACCCAAUCCCCAUACCACUAUGGGGUGGAACUUAUCCAGAGCACCCCGAAUGUCAUGAGGAGAGAAGAACCCUCUCUCCAUGUGGAGCCAUUCUUUUUACUUGGCUCUCUGCUUCUAGCACCGAGUUCAUCCUGGAGAUUUGAUGGCCAGAGACUGUGGGAAGGAGGGGAACCCUAAGGGAGCAGAGCUGGGUACAGUCUGCUAAGGAAGGUAGAGGCUCUGUCAGACUCCUCUCAGCUCACACUUUAUCCUCAACUCAGUGUGUGUUAUUUUAAUGUGGGCAAAUGUUUAUAAAUAUAUGGAAUUAUAAGCUAAUAAAUUAUCUCUGUGGC